AUGUCACGGAAACCGGCCGAUGUGGCGUCGAAAGAGCGCAACGAAUACAUCCCGUCGUUCAUCUCGAAAAAGCCAUUCUAUGUUCCGGACGACGAAUCCGCGAACGAUUAUCUCGAGCAUCAACGUCUCCAAAAGCAAGCCUCGUCCGAUCAGUCCAAAUGGUAUGAGCGUGGCAAGCGCGCCGGCCCGGCGGCCACCAAAUACCGCAAAGGCGCCUGCGAAAACUGCGGUGCGAUGACCCACAAAACAAAGGAAUGUCUCAGUCGGCCACGGAAGCAUGGCGCCAAAUGGACCGGCAAAGAUAUCCAGGCCGAUGAGGUUGUGCAGACGGUAGACCUUGGGUGGGAUGCGAAACGAGAUCGGUGGAACGGCUACGAUCCCAGCGAGUAUCGCCAGGUAGUGGAGGAAUACGAGGAGCUGGAGAAGUUAAAACGAGCGACGAAACAAGACGCCGAGCAGGAGAAGAUCGCGGAUGGCGAGUUGGAUGAUGAAGAUGCUCCGAAAGAAGAGGCCCGGUACGCCGAGGAAUCCGACAUGGGAAGACAACAGAGCACGGCCACCCGCAACCUUCGUAUUCGAGAAGACACGGCAAAAUAUCUCCUGAACCUCGAUCUUGACUCGGCAAAAUACGAUCCCAAGACCCGACGAAUGGUCGACAUGGGAGCGCAGGAGGAUCAGGCCGCUGCACUCGUUGCCGAGGAGAACUUUGUGCGCGCGUCUGGCGAUGCUGCGGAAUUCGAAAGGGCGCAGCGAUAUGCCUGGGAGGCUCAGGAACGCGGGUCCCAGAAGAUCCAUCUGCAAGCCAAUCCUACGUCCGGGGAAAUUCUACGAAAGAAGGAAGAGCAGGAAAGUGUGGCCAAGCGUGAAGCGCACAAGAAAGCAUUGUUGGAGAAGUAUGGUGGCUCCGAGCAUCUUGCGCCCACUCCGCUACGGGAAACGAUGGUUACAGAAAACGAGCGGUUCGUGGAGUACGACGAAACUGGAGCCAUCAAGGGUGCGCCCAAGAAGGCCGCCAAAUCGAAAUAUCCCGAGGACGUGUUGACCAACAACCAUACGACGGUGUGGGGAAGUUGGUGGCACAAUUUUGAAUGGGGCUACGCUUGCUGCUAUUCGACGGUGAAGAACAGCUAUUGCACGGGAGAAGACGGAAAGAAGGCGUUUGAGGAAGCGGACAAAAUGCUCAUGCUACCUGAGAGUGAUGAGAAGGAGGAAGCCGCUGCUGAGGUUGAAAAUGGCGAGUCGAGUAAUGAGCACGAUACGCAGGCUGAGAACGGCAGUCGCCAAGAUGAGUCCACAACGAGACCCAAGAAGCGUACGCUGUUGGAGGUCCAAUCUGGCAUUUCAGAGGAAGAGUUGGAAUCAUCCCAGCGCGACACUUUCGAUACGCCCAGCGACGACGACAACGACAACCAGCCCUUCAGCGGAAUCGCCAGUUCCAUAAUCCAAGAUGAGUACGUGCAAAUUCGAUAUCCCAGCCUACCCUCAGUCUCCCUCGCCAUCGAGAAACAAAGACGACCCGAUAUACCUCGGAUGGGGAUUGGGAUGCAUAUGGGCUGUUCAGAUGGGCUAACCUGUGGUGAAAUUUUCGACUGUUCAGGCCGCCGCUCCUUCCACAUCCAGAAGUCGACCUGCGCCAACUGCGGUUACCCCUCCGCUAAGACCCGCAAGUUCAACUGGAGCGAGAAGGCCAAGCGUCGCAAGACCACCGGUUCCGGCAGAAUGCGCCACCUCAAGGAAGUCCACCGUCGCUUCCAGAACGGCUUCCAGGUCGGCACUCCCAAGGGCGCCCGUGGUCCCGAGAACCACUAA